AAGAGGUGGCACAACCACAUAUAUGAGGGUAGACUGUGUUGAACGUGGGAAAUCAGACAGAGAACCUGAAGCAAAGCUAUUUUCUUGUGCUAAUGCUGAGCAGGCUUCUAUCUUCCACUCACUCCUGCUGCAGGCAAAAUAACUUUGCUGUGACGCUCCUUCACACGGUUAAGUCUGCACACGGUCUACAACCUCUGCUGAGCAGCAAGACUUGGGUUUGUGUGUGUGCUAAAGGGGAACAUGAGCAGCCUGAUGAGUGGCUCGCUAUUCUCAGUGCUACUAGUUCUAAUUCUGAGGCUGCAGGAGUUCGUGGAUGGAUGUACCUGCCUUCCAGCUCAUCCGCAAGUUACAUUCUGUAACUCCGAUAUAGUGAUACGAGCACUAGUUACUCGUAAAAGACUGGUGUCUUUCAAUGACCUGGAACCUUACAUGAUCAAGUAUGCAGUGAAACAAGAAAAGAUGUACAAAGGCUUUGAAAAGAGGAAAUUGGUGGAGUAUGUAUAUACAGCUUCCAGCUCUGCUGCAUGUGGUAUCGAUCUGGAAACUAAUAUCCAGUACCUCAUAACAGGCCAAAUUGGUAUUCGGGGGACCAUUCAUAUUGGACUCUGCAAUUGGAUUGUUCCAUGGGAUGACCUAACUUCAUUACAAAAGUGGAACCUGAAGUGGAACAAGUAUGAAACAGGCUGUUGCUGUCAGAUCGUCAGCUGCCAUAAUCUACACUGCUCAGCUCCAACAAAGACCCAAUGUGCUUGGACAGACCUGGCAUAUGAGAAAACCCCAGCAGGAUCACAGGCAAAGAACUCUGCCUGCACAAAGCGGGAGGAUGGUUCCUGCCACUGGUCUGGAGAAGGAGCAGCCAGCGUGAAUGAAAAUAUCUAUUAUGGCGAACCUUGAAUGUCCGUCUGCUGCAAUAAGAGUUGUGUUGAAGACCAGCAACAGGUGGUCCAGCUCAGUCAAAGACCCCCAGGUUCCAUUAAUGCCGACAAUUCCUUUCAGUUCAUUGUAUCCCUGCAUGCGAUGUGAGGCACAGCAGUUUCUCCAUCCAUUCUUACACUGAAUGUAUCCCAGUGAAUGAGAAGCAACAUUUAGAGUCCUGCGUUAAAUUCUGCUAGCAUGCUGAGCUUUGCCACCUGUGACAAACUGAGGCAGUAACAUCAGUACAAUAAUUGUGAAUACAAUACAAUACAAUACAAUGCCGUUUAUUUGUCAUUUGAACCUCACAUAAAGUUCAAACAAAAUUUGGUUUCUGCAGUCAUACAAGAAAAGAACCAAGACACACACCAACACAAUUUACACAAACAUCCAUCACAGUGAAUCUCCUCCUCACUGUGAUGGAAGGCAAAGUCUUGUCUCUCCCCUGCUCUCCAUUCCUCUCCCGAAGUCAAAGUCAAAGCCCCCGGCGGGCGCUAGCAAGUCCCACGGCGACUUAAAGCCGCGCCGGGCGAUGUAAGGCCCUGCUUUGGGUCCCGAUGUUGGAGCCCCCGGCGGGCACUAGCAAGUCCGCGGCCAUUUAAAGCCGCGCCGGGCGAUGUAAGGCCCCGCUCCAGGUCACUUUCAACCCCGCAAUUCGAGCGGGAGAAGUCGCCGUUGCCGGUGCCCCGCAAAGCGGUCUCCCACUGGGGACCCGCGAGCUCCCGGUGUCACCAUCCACCGGAGUCGGGU